AUGACCUCGAGGAACCAGUCGCCGCGCUCCCCCCUAUUUGACCCUGAGAAGUCGGAAAAGAAGGAUUCUGUGCGAGGCAAAUUCCGUGGCGAUGGGAAGCGCGAAUUGACUGAAGAGGAUGCAUACGAGAAACUUGGCUUCUGCUUCCCAUGGUACAAGAAAUGGGGGAUUUUGACAGUUAUCUUCGUUGUUCAAAUGUCCAUGAACUUCAACAGCAGUACAUAUUCCAAUGCCGUGGUGCAGUUGUCGGAACAUUUCCAUAUCAGCCAGCAAGCGGCUCGAGUCGGUCAGAUGAUCUUCCUGGAAUUCGGUCGAUGGCCUAUUAUGCAACUGAGCCUUCUUCUCGUGAAUGUCUGGCAAAUUCCCUGUGCCUUGGCACCUAACUUUGGAACCAUGGUGGUUGGUCGCGGCCUUGGUGGGAUUAGCUCCGCAGGAGGCUCGGUCACCCUGGGUAUGACCGCUGACAUGUGGGAGCCAGAUGACCAGGGCUUUGCUGUCGCAUAUGUGGUCUUGAGCUCUGUCGGUGGGACGACUAUUGGGCCUAUAUUCGGAGGAAUGAUGGAGCAGUGGUUGAACUGGCGAUGGAAUUUCUGGAUCCAGCUUAUUUUCGGUGGAGUCACCCAAAUACUCCAUUGCUUUUUCGUCACCGAAACAAGAUCUACCAUCUUGCUGGAUCGAGAGGCGAAGCGUCGGCGCAAAUCUGGUGAGGAUCCAAAUGUCUAUGGCCCGAGUGAGCUCAAGCCUUCCCGGUUUGACGUGAAAGAAAUCCUUUGCAUUUGGCGUCGCCCAUUCGAGAUGUUCCUGCGCGAGCCCAUUGUGCUUUUUCUAUCUCUUCUUUCUGGCUUCUCCGAUGCGCUAAUCUUUACCUGCAUCGAAUCGUUCUCCUUGGUCUUCAAACAAUGGGGCUUUAAUCCACUGCAUGUUGGAUUGUGCUUUGUCGCUAUUUUUGUUGGCUAUCUGGUUGCAUAUGCCAUUUUCCUGCCCGAUAUCUACCGCCAGCGCUUGAUCCGACGACGAGAUGGUGAUGCGGCCCGGGUGGCUGAGCGCCGGCUCUUACUUUUGCUUUUCAUCGCACCCCUGGAGACGAUCGGACUCUUUGGCUUUGCCUGGACGUCCAUGGGCCCGGAGUAUACCCACUGGAUGGUGCCUCUGGUCUUCGUAUUCCUGAUUGCCAUCGCAAACUAUGGUAUCUACAUGGCUACGAUAGACUACAUGGUGGCGGCUUAUGGCGAGUAUUCCGCGUCCGCCACGGGCGGGAAUGGGUUCGCACGAGAUCUUCUCGCCGGGCUAUCCGCGAUGUACGCAACCCCGAUGUAUGCCAACAUUGGCGGACGCUUUCAUCUCCAAUGGGCUAGCACUAUUCUUGGCUGCUUGGCUGUCUUGGUGACCAUUCCGAUUUACAUCUUUUACUGGAAAGGCCCUGAGAUACGGGCGAGGAGCAAGUUCGCACAGACCCUUGCCGCGGACAGGCAAAGACACACCACUAGACGUCGGAGCAGCCAAUUCAAACGAAUUUUGAACGCGUAUUGCGACAUGUGA